AUGCCGGAGCUUCCGGAAGUAGAGGUGGCGCGGCGGGCGCUCGAGGAGCAUUGCGUCGGGAAGAGGAUCGUGCGGUGCGUCGCCGCAGACGACACCAAGGUCAUCGACGGGGUCGCCCCCGAACGGUUGGAGGCGUCGCUGGUCGGGAGGACCAUCGCCGCCGCGCGGCGCAAGGGCAAGAACAUGUGGCUCGAGCUCGACUCCCCGCCGCAUCCCACUUUUCAGUUCGGUAUGGCUGGGGCUAUUUACAUCAAAGGUGUGGAGAUUAGCAAAUAUAAAAGGUCUUCAGUGAGCCCAACUGAGGAGUGGCCCUCAAAGUACUCUAAACUGUUCGCUGAAAUGGAUGAUGGCUUGGAGUUUUCCUUCAGUGAUAAGAGGCGUUUUGCAAAAAUAAGACUGCUUGACAACCCAGAAGCUGCCCCUCCAAUUUCUGAGCUUGGACCUGAUGCCUUAUUUGAACCAAUCAAGCUUGAUGAAUUUAUGAAGUCAUUAGGUCAAAAGAAAGGGCCAAUAAAAGCCCUUUUACUUGAUCAGAGUUUUAUAUCAGGAAUUGGCAACUGGAUGGCAGAUGAAGUACUUUAUCAGGCAAGGAUUCAUCCUGGGCAAACUGCAUCGAAGAUAUCAAAGGACAAAUGUGAGAUACUCCAUCAGUGCAUCAAAGAGGUUAUUGAGGAGUCCUUAAAAGUUGGUGCCGACAGCAAUCAGUUUCCAGAAAAGUGGAUAUUUCAUUCCAGGGAGAAGAAACCUGGCAAGGCCUUUGUGGAUGGGAAGAAAAUUGACUUCAUUACAAUAGGUGGUAGGACCUCAGCAUAUGUGCCAGAGUUACAGAAGCUGGAUGGGACAGAUGCGGCAGCCAGCAGAUCUAAGGGAGGCAAAGACAAGGAGAAUGAUGACGAUACAAAGUCAGGAAAAGGUAGAAAUGCUCCAAAACCAGCAAAGGGAAGAGUAAAGGCGGCAAAAGGCUCGUCAAACAAAGCUACAAAUACUUGUGAUGAUGGCGACGAUGAGGAUUAUGAAGUGGAAGAGGCAAAACCAGCAAAGCGGGGAAGGAAGCAACCAGCAAGGGUAGCUGAUACCUCAUCAAAAAAUGCUGGCAGUAUUCAUGGUGAUGAAGCUACUGAUGAGGAAGAUGCACGUCCAGCAAAGAGGGGAAAGAAGCUAAUAGAAAAGACCACAAAGCGCUCAUUGAAGGAAGCCAAUCAUGAGGACAGUGAUGAAGAAGCAGUUGGUAAGAUAGAGGCCAAACCUGGGAAGGCACCAACAGAGGCAAAGAGCUUGCCAAAGCAAGUUGAUGAUGCUGGCCCAGCAAGGAGGCCGCAGAGGAAAGUGCGGCAGCCUUGA